AUGAAGGCUGGCGAGGAUCUGAUUGUGCAGAGUAUGUGGGUUGCUUGGUUUCCGGAUGUGGUUCCGGAUCAUGUGUUUUCUUAAAUCAAACUGAAUCCUUCUGCCAAUGUCGUGAAGGUUUUUCUGGGAAAAAGUGUAUGACUUCAACCAGAUAUCCAAUUGCGUCAUCUGGAAACUCAUCCAUUUGUGCGUCAUCUGGAAACUUAUGCAGACGCUUCAAAAGUAUCGAUCAUACCUGCAAUGAGAGAACAGCAGGAGUUACUGUUCAGAGACGGGGGCGGUAUGACAUUGAAUUCAAUCGGACCUUUUCAGAGUAUGAAAAAGGGUUUGGUGACUUUUGUGGAGAGGGAGAUAUGUGGCUGGGCUUGGAUAGAAUGCAGAAGCUAACCCAGUAUGGACGGUGGACGUUGCAAAUUUCUAUGAGAAAUUUCUCCGACAAUGCUUUGCUGUGGGGAGAGUGGGAGGACUUCUUCAUUCAUCCUGCCCCCUUCUACAAUAUAACAUUUGGCAAAAUGGUGGCGAGGAGUCAGAAUUUGCGCAACACAACUGAUAAUGGUGGAGGCCUUGACUACAACAGGGGACGGGCGUUCUCAACUCAUGACAGAGACCAAGAUGAAUGGAGCGGAAACUGUGCUGCUAGUGAUGGAGGAGGCGGCUGGUGGUUUUACAGGUGUAGUUACAUGUAUUUUAACGGAAACAGAACUAUUUCAGAUAGAAUAGACGGCGGCAAGCAGAUGUCGUACCAAGACGGUAGUGGAUGGAUACUAAAAUCAUCUAGUCAGAUGAAAAUGAUCCGUGUUGACUGA